AUGUUUGAAAUUCGUCAACCAAGUUUUAGUCCAAAUCGUGAUCGCUCACCAAGAAGGAAGAGUACAUCCUAUUUAUACGAAUAUGAUAAUCGCCCUGAAAUACAAGAAGUGAUUAUUUCCAUCGUCAACGGAAUGAGUAUUGAAUCUGUUGAUCCAAAACUCUAUUCAUACCUUCAUCAACCAUUGACAGAGGCACUCAAUGAGCUUAGGAUCUCCAAAAACAGAGCAGCUAUAAAUAACGUUUCAAAAUCAUUAGAUUUUAUCAAAAAAUUACUUGAAUUACAGCAAAAACCUGACAUAUGUCAAUUAAAUCCAGGGACAAUCAUAUAUUCAAAUGGCGCAAUAGCAAAAUUCAUUGAAGCUUUAAUGAAAGGAAAAGAAUUACCAACCACCUAA